AUGAUUCCCACAGCACGCUGCCUGGCGGCAAGGCCGCCGGGAUUUUUCAAGCGAAGCACCGCAGAGCUCGGCCGGCUGACGCGCAUCAUAACAAACCUAGAAACCCUCUCCGUCCCCACAAAACCGUACAAACUGCUCGAUUUUGAAGACGAAUCCACCACCGCCGCAUGCAAAACCAUGGCCGACCGCGCCGUUGGUGGCUACAGCACCGCCGAGCUGGACUACAUCCCGGCAUCAGCAACGGAGCCAGCACACACGCGCUUUCACGGUAGCAUAUCCACCAAGCUGCCCAACAACUGGCGCGUCGAGCGCACGGGCUACGCCGCGUUUCGCAACAGGGAUCGUGGGGUUUGGUUGUUUGGCAAGUUGUACUGGGACGUCGAUCCGUAUGCGUACCUGGCGUUGCGCGUCAAGAGCGACGGGCGCAGGUACAUGAUCAAUAUUCAGACAGAGUCGAUUGUCAAUACGGAUAUCCAUCAACAUCGCCUGUAUACCAAGCAUCAUCGGGUAGCCCAACCAGCUGGGGACGACUUUUCGAGUCCGUUGGCAGCCGCCGCCGAGGCUUCUGAGAUCUCCGAUGUGCAGGAUACGAUAUACCCUGGUGGAAUCCCACCGUCGCUAUCGGAUAUUCCGCCAGCUGAGACGAUUAUCACCGGAACGACUGGAAGCAGCAGCGCCAUCACCAGCGGCGGCUCAGGCUGGGAAACGGUGUUUUUGCCGUUCGGAGCGUUUGUGCGCACCAACCAUGGCGAGAUCAUGGAGCCGCAGCAUUCGAUUAUCAAGAAUAAGAUCAAGUCGGUGGGUAUUGGCCUGAUUGACCGCAUCGAAGGACCGUAUGACCUGCGUAUACAUAGUAUCUGGGCGACCAACGGGAUGAGCGAGGCAGAAAUCGAGGAAGAGAGGCGGAUCUGCGGCGAGAAUGCGUGCGAGGUUGACCAAGAUGUUGCUCUUUCUAAUGGGUCACCGAAGAAGAGCUCAGAAAAGGGACAGAGGGAAAAUGAGCCAAAAGAAAAAGAGGCAAAAACCAAGACAAAAGGAUUGGCGGGGCUCAGGGGAGAGUGGGAGAAAUAG